AUGCGUCGACUCAGGCCAGCCGAGAAGCAAUGGAUCUUUGACGAAGACGCCCUCUCCAAGACUCCCUCCCGACUCGACGGCAUCUCUCUCCAGGAAGAGCUCGAGGGAAGGAAACAAACGAUCGCGUGGAUUCGUUCAUUCUUUCACGGAGAGAAUGACCCAGAGUCCACCCCUGCCAAAGGCAUCGUGACGUGCGGUGCCGCCUUGUGUGGUACCGGGUGGAGCUCACCACAGAUCAUGGCGCCGACGAUCCUCUUCUUGGCAUCCAAGAUUGAAGAGGGACCUAUGAGGUUACGGCACAUCGUCAAUGCCUGUUUGCAAAAGUUCGAGCCAGGAGCUCCGAUCUGGGACCCUCAAGGUGACAACGACGCCCAACCGCUAGAGUACCGGCGGUGGGAGAAGGAAAUUCUGGCUUCAGAAGAAGUCGCGCUGGAGGCUCUGUGCUUCGACAUGGCGAUUGAGCAGCCAUGGCCGGUGCUGCGGCGGAGUAUCCGUGGACUCGAUGCGCUCGCCAACGAGGCCGAGAGCAGCGCCGCGGCAGAAGCCCGCUCCAACGGAAGCUCGGGGAAGGGCAAAAGUCGGGCCACGGAGCAGGUCGUUGAUGAGCUCGCUUGGACUUUCCUCAACGAGGGCCUUCUCUCGCCGCUGCCAGUGCUGCACGCGGCUCCCAUCCUCGCGUUCGCAACCUUCGUGCUCGUGCUUGCGGCUGUCGACGAGAUGCCUCUGUCCAGCGCGCUGGCGGCGGCUUCAGAUCUAGGAGCGAAGUUCGAACUUGACAUCGAGUUCUGCCCGGAUACGGGGGCGAAAGGGGAGGACGUGCAGGCCUAUGUGGAAUGGUGCGAGAUGGGCAUCAUCGACAGGGAUCUGAUCCAGUACUUCAAACCGGAGCCUAGCGAGCCUGCGCCGUACCGUCGACUAUACGAGAGGAAGCAGAGUAACGGGACAACUAAUGGAGAAGCGCCGGUAUCUGGGCCGGCAGACAAGACCGAGAAGAUGGACGUCGACUCGUAG